UCACACACACACACACACACACACACACACACACACACACACACACACACACACAGCAACAGCAGCAGCAGCAAAAUGGCAGAAGCCAGAAUUUCAGUAAAUCCGGAUCAGUUCAUCUGUGCAGUGUGUCUGGAUCUCCUGAAGGAUCCAGUGACUAUUCCUUGUGGACACAGUUUCUGUAAGGUGUGUAUUAAUGGCUGCUGGAAUCAGGAGGACAUGAAGAGCAUCUACAGCUGCCCUCAGUGUAGAGAAACUUUUACUCCAAGGCCUGUUCUAUGCAGGAACAACAUUCUGGCUGAAGUGGUGGAGAAACUGAAGAACACUGAACUCCAAGCUGCUUCUGCUGCUCACUGUUACACUGGACCUGGAGAUGUGGACUGUGAUUCCUGCACCGGGAGAAAACUCAAAGCCGUCAAGUCCUGUCUGGUGUGUCUGGCCUCGUAUUGUGAAGAUCAUCUUAAACCUCACUAUCAGUCUCAGGCUUUUAAGAAGCACAAGUUAGUUGAAGCCUGUGUUGAUCUCCAAGAGAAGAUCUGCUCUCAGCACGACAAACUGAUGGAGAUCUACUGCCGUACUGACCAAAGCUUCAUCUGUUACUUGUGUAUGACGGAUGAACAUAAAGGCCAUGAUACAGUUUCAACUACUGCAGAAAGAAGUAAAAAACAGAAUGAACUAAAGGAGGAGCAGAUUAAAUCCCAGCAGAAGAUCCAGGAGAAGCAGAAGAAGGUGCAGGAGCUUAAACAGACUGUUGAUAUAAUAAAGAUGCGUUCACAGGCAGCAGUAGAUGAUAAUGAGAAGAUCUUUAAUGAGAUGAUCAGCUCCCUGGUGAAAAGGCGCUCGGAGGUGACGGAGAUGAUCAGAGUUCAGGAAAAAGCUGAUCUGAGUCGAGCUGAACAACACCUGAAACAUCUGGAGCAGGAGAUCACUGAUCUUCAGAGGAGAGUCAGUGAUCUGGAGCAGCUUUCACACAUACCUGAUCACAUCCACUUCCUCCGGAGUUUCCCGUCUCUCUGUAUUUCUCCUGGAUGUGACGACUCACCCAGCUUCACUGUCAAUCAACAUCUCUCAUUUGAUGGAGUGAGGAAAUCUGUCUCAGAUCUGAAAAAACGAGUCGAGGAAAUCUGUCAGGAGAAAUUCAACAAAAUCCGUCCACAAGCUGCAGCAGUUCAGAUGAUUUUACCCUCAGAACCAAAGAGCAGAGCAGAUUUUCUGCAGUAUUUCUGUUAUCUGACUCUGGAUCCCAACACAGCACAUCCUCAACUCAUUCUGUCUGAGAAGAACAGAGUCGUGACACGCAGUGAUACAAAACAGCGAUACUCUGAUCAUCCAGAGAGAUUUGACUACAGGCCUCAGGUGUUGUGUAAAGAGAGUGUGUGUGGACUCUGUUACUGGGAGGUGGAGUGGAGCGGUCGUGGUGUGGACAUAUCAGUCUCAUAUAAAGAGAUCAGCAGGAACGGACGGGGUUUUGAGCAUUUGUUUGGACACAACAGUCAGUCCUGGAGUCUGGUGUGUUCUUCUUCCUCUGUCUCUUUCUGGCACAACAACAUUAAAACUGCACUCGAGGUCCCGUCCUCCAGAAUAGGAGUGUAUGUGGAUCACAGUGCAGGAACUCUGUCCUUCUACAGCGUCUCUGAUACGAUGAGGCUCCUCCACAGAGUCCACGCCACAUUCACUCAACCUCUAUACGCUGGAUUCUGGAUAGAUUAUAACACAGUUAUGAGGUUUUGUGAUUGAAAAUGAACUGCAUGUAAAGAAUCUGUAGAAUUUUUCUAGAAUAGAGGAGGGAAGUAAUGAAGUACAAAUCCUUUGUUACUGUAGUUAAGUAGAUUUUUCUGGUAUCAGUAUUUUACUUCUACAACUUUUAACUUUCACUCAAUACAU